GGAAGCGUUGCGUUGUUUGUGUGUUUGAGGGAACUUUUCUCACAGAAGGCUUGUUUUCCGUCGUCAUGUCGGGUCGCUGAUAAAGUUUAAUGAGAGUUAACUGUUAUUAAAUACAUCUUAUCGUCCCAAAAUGCCGAAAGUCGUGUCGAGGAGCGUCGUGUGCUCGGACACCAGGGACCGGGAGGAGUACGACGACGGGGAGAAGCCGCUCCACGUCUACUACUGCCUGUGCGGUCAGAUGGUUCUGGUUCUGGACUGCCAGCUGGAGAAGCUUCCCAUGAGGCCCCGGGACCGAGCCAGGGUCAUAGAUGCGGCCAAACACGCUCACAAGUUCUGCAACGUGGAGGAGGACGAGACGGCGUACAUCAAGAGGACCGAGGGCAUCGAGCGGCAGCACCGCAAGAAGUGCGGCAAGUGCGGCCUGCUGCUCUUCUACCAGCACCAGGAGAAGAACAACCCGGCCACCUUCAUCGUGGACGGGGCCGUGGUCAAGUUCGGCCAGGGCUUCGGCAACACCAGCGUGUACAGCCAGAAGCAGCCGGAGGCGCCCAAGAAGGUCCGUGUGAUGAUGACCAAGCGGACCAAGGACAUGGGCAAGUUCAGCUCCGUCACCGUGUCCACCAUCGACGAAGAGGAGGAGGAGAUCGAGGCCCGGGAGGUGGCCGACUCGUACGCUCAAAACGCCAAGGUGAUCGAGAAGCAGCUGGAGAGGAAAGGCAUGAGCAAGAGGAGGCUGCAGGAGCUGGCGGAGCUGGAGGCCAAGAAGGCCAAGAUGAAGGGGACGCUCAUCGAUAACCAGUUCAAGUAGACCAGAGAGGAAACUGAGACUGUUGUUCUGUGGAGGUCCUGCAGCUCCACAGACCUCCUCUUACAUCUGAGAGGCCCACCUGUAUAACACCAGGACUGAUGAGGUGUGAAGCUGGUGAAAUGUUGGACCUUUUAUUUACUGAGAGAUGUUUUUUUUUUUUCAAACGUGAAAAGACCAAAUAAACAUUUUGGAUUUGUUUUUAAACCAGUUGUUCUUGAUGUUAUCUUCACCCGGUUGUUUGUCUCACCAGUAGAAGUCUUCUGCUGUUUGAAAUUGUCACUUAAAUGCUGUUGAUGGGCUUAAACAUACAACAGGACUUUAUGAAUAAUAGUUUAUUCAUGAAAGGUUGAAGUAAACUGAUCAGAGCUGAUGUGAAAAGUCGCCUGCAACAGGUUUUUUAUAGUCAGUUCCUCUAAAAAGUAACUGCCAAGCGUUCGUGAUUCUGUCUCUUAGAUGUGAUGAUUGCAAGACAUGUUCAGGGAGUUUAUGAUGAACAUUUUUCACUGUUUCUUUCCUAACUACCUGGCUGAUUACAUAUCCUCAUAAAAGUAAUUUCAAAUGAAA